GUCCCCUGUUGAUAUGACGAUCGCUGCUGCGGGGUCACGCCAUGCACCAGAGGCAGAAGCCCAGCGCUCCAGAACGCACGAGCGAUCCCGCAGCCGAUGGAGGAGCUCUGUCCAUGUCUCACAAUGACUCACGCUCUCUUCUCAACUUCUCUCAGCUUGUGCUCUCUGCUGGCCAAAUCAAACCGUCACCAGCGCUCAAACAUUCAAAAAUCACAUACUUUGAAGUAGAAAUUCUUGAUGUGCAAAGCAAGAAGCAGAUCUGCAUUGUGGACAAGGUACCUCCAGCCUCUACCGUUCUUGACGUGAAACACAAAUUUCACAAAGCAUGUCCCCAGUGGUACCCUUCCCGUGUUGGCCUGCAACUAGAACGCAAUGGGCCCUUUUUGAAGGAUUCAAUUAACAUUCAAAGUCUUGCUGUUUCCUCCAUCAUUACACUGUAUUUUACAGACCUGGGUCAGCAGGUCGGUUGGACCACAUUUUUUCUAACAGAAUACACUGGACCUCUUCUAAUAUAUCUGCUCUUUUAUAUUCGCCUCUCAACUAUUUAUGAUCAAGUGGAAAGUAGGAAGAACUUCCGCCACCCGGUGGUUCACUUGGCCUGCUUCUGUCACUGUUUACACUACAUCAGACAUCUUCUGGAGACAUUAUUUGUUCACAAGUUUUCAGAAGGGCACACUCCUCUGAAAAAUAUGAUAAAGGGCUGUGCCUUUUACUGGGGAUUCACAUCCUGGAUCGCCUACUACAUCAACCACCCACGGUAUACUCCACCAUCAUUUGGCCACAGACAAGUUUCUUAUGCUGCCCUUGCUUUUCUGAUGUGUGAAGCUGGAAAUCACUUUAUCAACGUAGCUUUAGCUCACCAAACUAAUUCAGGAAAUAAAACCUGUUUUCCAAGUCCAACUUACAACCCCUUCACAUGGCUCUUCCUACUGGUGUCCUGUCCCAACUAUACAUAUGAGGCUGGGUCUUGGAUUAGUUUCACAGUGAUGACACAAACUCUGCCAGUUGGCAUUUUUGCUUUCCUGAUGGUCAUCCAGAUGUCUCUCUGGGCCCAAAAGAAACACAAGCUGUAUCUGAAGAGAUUUUAUCCAGAAGUGCGGAGGAAAGCAGCUAUGAUUCCUAUCAUCUUCUGAGAUCUUCAUAAGAGUUGGAGUCCAAAUGUACAGUUCAAGAGCCAACUCAGAGCCAUUUCAUUGAGUAACCAAGUGGAUCAGAGGAAGAACUACUGGAUAUCUUUUUCAGAAAAUUAACAAUUCAAGGCAAAGAGCUUUUAAUUAAGUGCAAAAAUACAGCUCUUGAAUUCUUGGUUCCUGCUAAAAGAUAUGAUUUAAUUAGAUUUUCUGUAAUGGAGCUAAUUGGAAAGGGACAAGAAAACUGCUUAUAUUGAAUGUUAGAUAUUUAGCUGGUGUAAGUGGGCACAGAUGCUGUUGCAAUUAAUGAACACGACUCAUCUGCAUGCAUUCAGGUCUGGUAAUUUUAAGGUUCAGAGUUAUAUGUUGACAAGAGUCUUGGAUUUUUGCACUAGAUGUUUCACGGCCUUAUUUCUAUUAAACUGCACAAAAUCAGCACAUUCUGCCUCAGUUCCUCUAAACCAUCACAUCAAAGGGUGACCGCUUUGCUGUGAGCACCAUUUAGUCUAGCUU